UGUAUAAUCUAUGGCUAAAAUUCAGUCGCCAUCUUUGAGAAAAAAAAUGUCAUGCUAAUUUGAUCACAUCUUAGGUGAUCAAACAAUAUUGAAUUUAAAUGUUGUUGAACGUUUAUAUUUAUUGAUUCCAUAUCUAACAAUGCUAGAAACUUUGAUUUUCAAAUUCUGUUGGAUUCAAUGAAGAAAAAGUUCAGGAUCAAUGACUAUGAGUAUUAUUUAUCAACAUAUAACUAAGGUUAAAACAGCAUAAAUUAGAUUGCUGAAAAAAAAAGUGGUCUAGAUAAAUAUAAAACGUUAGAACAAAUGAUGCCAACUGCAGUGACGAAGGCUAAAAUAGAAUUUAUCACAAGAUCAGCAUAUUUCCACUUUUCAACAAAAUUCUGUUUCAAAAUUCUCAAACCAGCAUACCAGUAAUCAGACUUAGAGCAUUCUGGAAUCUUUCCAGAAAAAUCUGUUGUGCCAAGUAUCUAGGAUUGUUAAAUUACUAUGAUGAAACUGGCCAAGUUGAUAUAUUUCUGAGUUUAAAAAAAUGACGACCAAUGGAGAAACAUCUAAAGCAAAUGGGACAGAUCAUGAAGAAAAUCUACAUUCUGACUUUUUCAAUUCUGGAUCAGAGAAGGAGCUUCAGAAUAUUACAACGCAGUUUGAUGUUUCAGAUACAUUUAUCACCAUUGAGACCAAAGAUGGCCUGAGCUCUAAAAAGAUCCCAUUUUCUCAGUUUCUUAAGCAGGUUGUAAUCGACAAAGAGUCUGGUGAUCUAAAAGUUGAUUUCAGUCAACUUAUUGUUUCAAGCAAUGGCGCACACAAAAAUAUUGCCGAAAUAAUCUCUUGUGAAGAAAAUGCAUCAAAUAAAAAUAUAACAACUAGCUCACCUGUUAUCUCUUUAAGUAAUGGGGAUGCCAGCACACUUUCUAUUUCUCAGACCCAUUCAGGAAUAAAUUCAACAUUAGAAAGACCAGUUAAAAAAAGAGGUAGGCCUCCUAAAAAAAAGCCGGAAGAUAAUGCUACUUUACAAAUGGAAACCAUCAGCUCCUCCACUGCACUUAAAUCCUGUACAGUUCCAGUUGCAGGAGCUAGACAGAACAUUUUGUCUAUGCCUAGAAGAUCCAACAGAACACCAGCGAAAAGUUCUAGAUUUGGUGAUGACUAUGUAAAUAGUUUAACAUUAGGUAAAGUGUCCUCUUCCACUUUAUCGAACUCAACCUCAACAUGGAACACACAGUUAAUGACUUUAGCUCUUGCUGCAGAGAGACAUAAGCACAAGCCUAAUAAGCCCAACUCAGAGCAUUCUGGUAGCGACACUGAUAGUGUCAAAGAUUCUGAUUUUGGUGCCAGUGACCUGACCCUGGAAAAAAAAUCACCAGAUAAAAUGGGAUCCAUAAUGGACACAGAUGCCAGCGAUUCUGCAAUAUAUAUAAAGCAGGUACCCCUCAAAAAUAAUAACCUCAGCCACAGUAAAGCCGAGCUUAGCAGUAAUGGUGACAGGGUAACUAAAGCAGAGGAAAAGAUGAAAAAACAUAACAUUAGAGGUCCCAAAACAUUAAAGAAAUAUGAGCCAGUUGAUCCCGUUGUUAAGAGAACACUGCAAGAAGCCUUGUUGCAUGUCACCCAAGCUACCAGAGGACAUAUGUCAUUCAGUAAACCUGAGAUGGAAAAUAGUGAUUGCACCAAUCCCACUGUGUAUUACACAAUCAUGGAGCCGAAAAUGGCUCCUUUGGGUAAUGGAUUACUGGUUCAGAAAAGUGAAGAUAAAAUAAACUUUAGGAUAAUUGAAUUUGAAGGCGAGAUUAGUGAAAAUUCUGAGUUAUCCAUGACUUAUCCUCAGGAUCGUUACUACAGCUGUGAUAUUUGCUGUAAAAUUUUCCCUUCACUUAAUUCAUGGCUAUAUCAUAAUCAGUACUCUCACAACAGGACCAUGAAAGCAUUUGAAAGUUUUCCUGCAUCUAUUGGAGAUAGGCAAGAGCAUGUCUGUGAUUAUUGCCACCAGAGUUUCCCUUACAGUUUCAUGCUGGACAUUCACAUCAAAAGGAAGCGUCACAGUGAGAUAAAGAGUUUUCGCUGCACACUAUGCAGAAAAGGUUUUGCUUCCCACAAGGAUAGGGAAGAGCACUGGCUGAUGCAUCAUCCUGCUCGCAGCUGUGGCUUGUGUGGCAAAGAGUUUACCAACAUUGUGAUGCUCAGAAGGCACAUCAAUAACAACUGUCAUGGGGCUCGUUUCAGGAAAGUUCCUGAAAAUGAGGGUCUGACAGCUGAUGACAAUAUGGUCUUAUCCAAAUAUAAGUCAAAAAUGUUAGUUGACAAUGAGAAUGAAGUGGAAGAAGAACGUAUUGAUUAUGCAACUAUGAUUUCAGAAAAUGAUGAUGAAGAUGAUUUUGAAGAGGAAGAUAGAGUUUCGGGGCACGAGAAUGAGAAAGUGAGGUGUGGCACAUGUGAAUUGGAAUUCUCCACUUCCUCCAGACUCUGGCAUCAUAAGAUUGAGGAUCACAGAGAGUUCUAUCCUGAGGGAUUUCGGGAUACAUUGCAAGAUAAGCUAACGAGAUACGAAAACAUGUUAUUGACUGCUAGCAGCACAGAAAUUCAAAAACCUGCAGAUGGUAAUAAGAAUAAAUUUUUUACUAUAUUAAAACCUGCUUGGCCAACAGAAAAACCAAAGCUGACUAUUAGUGUUGAGGAUAAAGAGUUUGUUUUCAAGCAGAACAGUCCAAGACAGAACAUUCUAGAAGAAAUGACACACAACAGCUAUUCAGAUAAAAAAAAUACAUCCUUUGAGUGUUUGGAUUGCUCUGAAACAUUUCUACUUGCAAGCAGUUACAGGGAACACAGAAGCAAGAUGCACGGAGAGUACUUUGAGAUUUUGAAGAUCAUGGGUGCUUUCCAGUGCACUCUUUGCUCUGAAACAUUCCCCUGUCCGUUUAUGCUAGACAAGCAUGUCAAAAAACAUGUUGGUAAAAAAGUACUGCCAUGCACUCUGUGUGGUGUGUUUUUUCAUAAAAUUCAAGACAGGCGUCUUCACUGGAAAACAGUGCACCCUGGCAUAGGAUGCCCUAAUUGUGGUAAGAUGUACGCAAGUAUAAAAUACCUUCAAAAACACAUAUCCCUGAACUGCCAAGAUCACUAUCCACCCACAAAAAAGUUUCUAGAGUUUCAGAAAAAACAACACAGUGAUUUUGAAAUGAGUAAGAAUGAGAAAAAAGUAGAUAAGAAAAUCAUCAGGUGCCACCUUUGCCCUAAAAUAUGCAGCUCUAUUCACGGCUGGCGGAGGCACAUGUCUGAGUCACAUGAAGAUGCCGGCUUUUCCAAACUUUCAAAUACGUGCAUCAUUUGCAAUGAGCUAGUAUAUGGUUACAAGGCUUUAGAAAAGCACUUGCUUCAAAACCAUGCUGAGGAUUCUGGUCUCCCUGUUGAAGAAGAAGAUGGUCUUGUGGAAGAAGCUUUAAAAAAAUGUGAUAUAGAUAUCACAGCCUACAGGAAGGCUGGGAGAAACACUUCAGAGAUUUAUCAGGAUGAGGAGGGUAAUUAUCAUUGUCCCAACUGCACAAAGGUGCAUUCAGACUUAAAAGCUUUAAGAACUCAUAUUAGAAUUCAUGUCAACAUGAAGUUAGAGUGCAGCCUCUGCCAUAAGGUCUUUAAAAACCCUACCCUUCUCAAACAGCAUGUGCAGAGACAUCGCAAGGAUGCAGUCUACUCUUGUGACACAUGUGACAAAAAGUUUCUUACUGUGCAGAAGCUGAACAAGCAUCGCAAAGUCCACCACAGCACUGGUAACUUUGUCUGUGAUCUUUGUGGCAUGGCCUUUGCCCUGAAUGACUAUCUCCAAAAGCACAAGCGAUGCCACACUGAUAAACGGCCUCAUUCCUGCACAGUCUGUGGAAAAACAUUUCGCACUAAACCUGAGCUACGGGUUCAUGUCCUUAUACACACCAGAGAAACCCCAUACAAGUGCCAGUACUGCAGUCGGGGGUUUUCUCAAAAAGGCAACUAUCGUAUUCACUUAGCACAACAUACUGGGGAGAAACCUUACCAAUGUGAUCAGUGUGAUAUUUCAUUUGCUCUGUUGUGCCACCUAAAACGACAUAAAUCCACUCACGACCAAAAGAUAAAUUAUCGCUGCAUAUGGUGUGACAAAGAAUGCACCCAAAGAAAACAUAUGCAGAUGCAUGUUCAAAGAGUCCACAAAGAAGAUUUCUACCAGCAUGAAGAGCAAAUGAAACUUGAAAUGCCCGUCCCCAUAGCUCCAGCUCAGGCCAAAUUGUAUAACCGCCGAAUUGGAAAGGCUAAUAAAGUGCGGAGGCAGUACCGGACCAAAGCUCAAAAGUGUGAUUCCACCAUACAGCAGCUUAUGAAUGGAGCUGUGCAAAAGACUGAAAUAAUAGAUGAAGAGAUGGAAGGGUCUCAGGACAUUGUCAUUGAGCCCCUCGUGGAGCACAUGAUCAAAACUUCCCAUGAGAGUGGGGGCUACGAAAUACUAGUCAGUGACGAUCACCAGAACUAUGCCAAGCACUCCAUAUCUGCUGACCUGAUUGGCCAGGACAAUGUAGAGAUUGUAAUGGGUGAGAACAAUGAAAUCAGCAUCAUCAUCAAGGACCCCAGCACAUUGCAGGAAGUAAUUGGUGAUAAUCUGGAGACUGGACCUGUACAAAUACAUGAAGCACUCCAGCAAGCUGUGGAAGCCUUUGUCAUUCAAUCAAAGAAUAUGCAAGAAGAAGUCCAGAUUCCUAUAUCUAUUGAAGAACUUGAUAAAAGUUCCUAAUCCAUAUUUAUACAUGUUUAAUUUAUUUUUUACCAAUUCGGUUCUAUUUGGCCAGUAAGAAUGUUUGACUAUAAAUAUUUAGAAGUUUUUCUGAUUUUGUACAUUGUAUUAAUAGAAAAUAUUUGUGUGCAAUGUUUAUUACUUUGAAAUGUAAAAAAUGUAGGUCUGUGCAUAAAUGACAGUUACACUGAAAUGAGUAUUUCAAUGUUUCUAUCAGUCAUAAAUCUAUCUGGUUAGGCAAAUACUUUGUCCCCUGUUUUUUUUUUAAUAUUACUUAUUACUUAAAUAUUAUUCAUUUCAAAAAAGCUAGUGUACCCCUUUCAGACUUUUUAUCAAUGAGGUAGAUGUAAAGCUCAUCUAUUUGUAUGGCUGACAGUUAAUGAGAGUGUCAUGAAAAGUUGGGUGGACUCGAGCAUCCUGAUGUUCAAAGUCCCAGUCUUCACUAGGAUUUUAACUUGUUCAGAACAGGUCAGAAGCCCAGAAAUUUAUCACUCAGCCACCAUGCCCAUUACUAGCACUGCUAGUAUCGCUAGAAAAAAAAGUGUUUUCAAUAAUAAGGGAAUCAAUAUAAUUUUAAGUGGCUACGCAACAUGUAAGUAUUGGAUACCUAAAAACAUAUACUAAUCUUUUGCCGAUUCUCCAAAAAUAUUGGAUCAGACUAUAUAGUGCAGACACAAUUUCAUGUAGACUUCUUCUUUUGUUCUGAAUUAGUAUUUCUUUCAUUGUAGUUAUUUUAGUUUUGUCAUUUAAAUGUACAGAAUAUUUCAUAACAGUUUAAGUUUAUUCCUUCAGAAAAGAUUUUUUGAGGCAAACACAGUUUCAAAAUUUAGGAAUAAUAAUAGUGGAAAGAAAAUCUCAGUUUUUGCUUCAUUGAAUCCUUCCAGUAGUUCAAGUUAUCAAGUUGUUAGCAUUUUUACAGAAAUUCAUUUUACAUGUAUGGGAUCAAUGUCUACAAAAAAGACUUUUGCUAUGGUAUGCAUGUAGAAAGAACACAAGACACUGCUUUUCAUUUCUAAAAGUGUCAAAAAUUGUGAGAGCGCUACUUUGAUUUUUAGAAAACAAUAGUUUUUAAAAAAUACUGCGGAAGCUCAGUACAUGCAUAUGAAUUUAAAACAAAAUUGUUCAUGUCAGUUUACCAUCUUAAUUUUAUUAGAAAAUGUUAGUACAAUAAUUGCAAGAAGCUUGAAAAAAAAUCAAACUAUAAAUUUUAAGUCAGGUGAAUGAUUUUUUCUUAUUAUUAAGUUAAAAAUAAUUUUCAUCCAGUAUUUUUUUCUGAAAUUGCCCUAGCAAUGUGAAAAAAAAAGAGAUUGUAAAAUUUAUGUUUCAUAAAUAAUAAAAGCUAAGAAGUAUUUAACAUUUUGUCAAAGUUUGAAAUGUUCAUUCCAAGGUUUUCAAGUACUAGGGACCGUUGUACAACGAGGCUAGACCUACAGUAGUGCAGAAAAAAAGUUGACCCCCUUAAUGGGUUGAAAAAAAAAACCUGUGCGAUAUUUUAAAAAAGGGCAUUAUUUGUUCAUAACAUUAUUUUUUUAACUACCCUCCAAAUUUUAGCAGCUGCUGAAUCUAGGACCUCUUCAAAAUCUUAUAAAUAAAAUAUUUGUUGCCCCUGUAUAUAUUUUGGUGCCUUCGUGAAAAGUCAGCCUUGUUUUUAGUUCAGUUUUUUAUACCCACAGUUCAUUAAUGCUAAAAUUGCAAUUAUUUGCUAAUUAUUUUUUUCCGCUUGAAUGAGCUUUUUAAAUCUGUUUGGCCACAUUUUCCUAAGGCUAAAUGUAGGAAAUAAAAGACUUUCAAAAUUUUUAAAAUUAAAAAAAAAGUGUUUAAGAAAAAAUUUGUUGCUAAUUUUGUUAAGAAAAGGGAUCCCUCAGCUAUACUAUUUUUCUCUCAAUAAAAUGUCUUUUUUUAAGAUGCUCAUAUAAAAUGUCAGCGAAAUCUCUUCAGUAGCUUUAAAGAGCUAAUGGCACUUGUAUUUUAACUAUUAGUUAUAAUGCUCUGUAUUUGUUAAUGUUGUUGUUAUUUUUUGACUGUUGCAUUUAUGACACUUAGCAUAUUUAUUAUAAUGUGAGGUUGUCACAUGAAUAAAUUAAUGAUUAAAUGAAUUCAAUUGAAAAUUGAAUGUUACUGUUA